AUGUCUCUUAGCGGCACAUUCCUAAUUAUUUUAGCUAUCAUUCAAUAUGUUCAAGUGAUCGCUGGAUCCCCGACAUCGAAUAAUUCAUUGCAAAAUGGCCUAAACAUCACUUCUGAAGAGGACACAAAAGUGUUAUGCAAACCUCGGCCGUUGGAACCGCCACUAUGGUCAGAGUUCGGUAUGAACUCUCAUUUGUACAACUAUCCAAACGGUACAAUCUUAAACUUGCAGCAAUAUGCUUCGCAAGUUGGCGCGUUGGAUUUCGAAUGUGGGAUAGGCAAAGUAUGCAAUGCAGGUCAAUUGUGCGAAAAUGUCUAUGGUCGGGAUUGGUAUGCGUUAGUGGCAGCACAAAAUUGGAACAAUUUUGUCAACAUCCUUUUUCAAGCCAGCGGUGAUGCGUUUGACUCAGCUGCUGAUAUACUUCCAACCAUGUUGGUGGAUCUCGAAAAGGACCCCACAAGAACUCCCAGGCACGUGACCGCUUGGUUAUCACUUGUAUCUAAUUGGAUCAGCUCUUUUCCUUCUUCCCUUUUCAAAUCGUACGGACCUAUUGCAGGUACAAUAUGGUCUUGGGGACAAAUUUCAUGGUUGGGUUUAGUUAUGACUUUGUAUCAACUUGGUGCCUUUGGCUGGGUGGAAACUUUGAUGAUUGUUGGAAAUGGAGAAGACCGCUUUACUCGGUCCUCCUCCAUAUCAUGGGUUUUAGGGCAAGCUCAACAUGCGGUACAAGGGAUACUCACGAACAUCACCGAAGAAGUAAUUCAAGCUGGAAUUAGCACCCAAAAAGGCCUCGCAAGCAUAAAUCAAGACGGAAUAUUCCUCUCAGAGACGCCAGUCAUUGAUCGAGAAACUGUGCAAAAAGAAUACGAAAGAAUGAUAAAGUUGAAAACCUUGGUUAAGAUUUGGAGAGAACAGAAUGUAUUUAUCAUCCGAGGAGCAGAUCCUUGCACGCAAGAAGGGCCCAAUGGCGCAUACGAUGAUCCAAACCGACUUUCGUAUUGCGGGAAAGACUCCAUUAUGAUGAGUAUCGUCCGGGGUGAUAAAGGGGAUGGAUUUGAUCCUACUAUCUUCCGGGCUCCUUUGGUCGAGGCCAAAUAUGGAUUCACAACCGAGUAUCUUACGACUGUAUCUUGGGAAUGCCAGAAGAAGUAUGGUGCUUUUGAGUUUGAUCCCCAUGUUUGCAGGAAUAUGACCACUGUUCACAACCUGCAGAUGAAAGAUGACUGCUCGGUGAAUCUACCAGUGUGCGAUUGCACGACGACAGAUAUCAGGUCCGCUCUACGAAAAGGUAUCUCAAUUACAAAAGCGUGCCGAGAUAUUAAUGGGUUGCCCAUCUGA